UUACAGCAAAGCAAAGCAGAGCAAAAGCUCUCAAGAACUCAAAGCCAGAAGCCCUGAGGAUCGGAGAGGCGUACAAGAACAGCAGAAAACAAUGAGGCCGGGAGCAGGGUUCAAUGUGACGGCGGCAGCGGCAGCGAAGGCCGUGGCCGCGCCAGCGGUCGCCGGCAGCGCCGCGCAUUCCGCAUGGCACUCGCCGGUGCCGUACCUCUUCGGCGGCCUUGCCGCGAUGCUGGGCCUCAUAGCCUUCGCCCUCCUCAUCCUCGCGUGCUCCUACUGGAAGCUCUCCGGGUACCUGGAGGGUGGCGCCGGCCGCGGCGACGAGGACGGCUCCGGCGCCGACGGCGCGAAGCCGGCGGCCUCGGACCUGCCGCCGCCGAUAUGGGAGGAGAAGAUACUUGUGAUCAUGGCUGGGGACGUGAAGCCGACGUACCUCGCCACGCCCAUGUCGAGCAGGGCGUCCUCCUUUGGAGAUCGGAGCAACAAGGGCGAUGACGAGGCCGAGAAGAAGGUGCAAGAAGUCGCCAUGGCUAGCAUCAAGGACGCCGAGCAGAAUGGUGAGCACAGUGAGAGCCGGCGAGAAAGAGAGGAGCACCACAUCCCUGAGGUGUGAGUUCCACUUUUGAAAAAUUUCAGUUUAGGUUUGUUUUGGUUUUCCGAUCGGUGAGAUGGUGACCAGAGUGGUUUGGAAUCGUUAGCGAGACGCCGAAACAAAAGGCAGAACAUUUUUGUGUUGGUUUGGUGACCCUGAAAACCAUCUCCAAGAUAACCCCGACCGAAGUCGUAAUUUUGUGGGGUUGUCUAUAAUUUUUGCAAUGACGAACAGAGAAGAAUGGGGGGCUGAUGAGGCCGUAAUUUUGCUCAGUUAAAUGUAAUUUUUGCUAUAAUGGGAAUGAAAUUAUAGUAUCAUGAUCGAGAAGCGGAUCUUUCCCUAA